AUGACAAAUGGACAUAUGUCUGGGGUCCUCAACCUUCACAACACACCAAUUCUACUCCUUCUGCUUCAGAGACAUGGUGGCACAUCAAUCUUUUCGUUGGUUAUGGAAAUCCAAGUCCACCAUGAAGAUCAAAGUUUUUGGAUGGUACUCCUCUCUGACAGCUUAAACACGAGAAACAUGCUUAAGAGGAGACACUACAAUAUUGGUGAUGACCAUGAUUGCAUCCUAUGCGGCAUGCGCAUUGAGGAAACAAUUGAGCAUUUGUUCUUUGAAUGUCAAUUCUCUCAAAUUUGCUGGGCCAGCUUGGGCUUCUCGUGGCAACAAGGAGGGACCAGACUUGAGCAUAUUGAGGUUGCCAAAGAGACUUGGGCUCGGCCACUUUUCAUGGAGGCUUUCCUUAUUGCAGCCUGGAGCAUUUGGAAGGAACGAAACAAUAAACAUUUUCAGAGGUAUAGCACCAUCCAAGGACUCCUGGCUAAAAAGAUUCAAAGAGGACUACUCUCUCCUAACUUAUAG